AGCCCAUUUAUAUCUAUUAGAAAGGCCUGCUUCGUUCCGAGUCAACUCACUGCCUUCCCUCUUCACCUCCGACAUAACUCGUUUUCCCGGAAAGGCAGAUUCUCUCUUGCUCCAGCUGAUCUCACUAACAUGGAAGAGAACAACAACAACGCCGGGAGCGACUCAGACUCUAACUCCGUCGAAGAGUCUCAGGACUAUUACGAACCAAUCUCAGCCGUCGAUCUAGACGCCGGAAACAACGACGACGAUGAAGAAGAAACUUAUCUUCCGAUCAGUGGAGAUAACUUCAGCAACGGCCUCUGUAACGGCCAUUGUACGAUCCCUGAAGCAGUUGACGGAGUCUCUUCUAUCAGUGUUAACGGAAACGCAGAGGCCAAGAGUGAUACCGAAGAAGAGACGGAGACGGUGACGACGCCAGAUUCGGAGAUUCGUACAGCGUUUGAGGAAGACGAGCGGCGUAGAAGAUCGCCGUUAUUGGUGGAGAACGCGGCUAGGGUUAUGGAGGCAAUGCGGGCCAUCUCGUUCCCUGGAACGGCUCCUGAUUGGGCCUCUGAUGUUAAUGAGGACCGUUGGGUUGAUCAGCUUCGUAGAUUGAGAUCCACUUCUCAGUAACUAAAAACAGUAUUGUUCAAAUCUCGAGUAGUUUAUUUUCGUUCAAGUGUUUUAAGAUUAUGGUUCAACAUUUGAAUACUUACGAUAUGAUUCUGAUGUUUCUGUUGAUUCACUACGAUAGAUACAUAAGAGUUGAAAGUUUGGCAUCACUCAGCUGAGUCUUGUCUGAAACUUUUGCUGCUUUUUUGGAUCAAUGAACGUUUAAAUCUUUUCUUGGA